AUGUUGGGUCGUGGGAAGCCAGCAGCUUCAAUGCAGAAGACAUAUGACGACUGCUAUCUAACGUGCUCGACUGCUGUGUAUUUUGAGGGUCAAAACAACGAGACAGAGGCUUUGAGAUCAUGGCGUAAUGCGCUCGACCAGAUAUAUUACCACAACGCCUAUCGCAUGCCUACUGGAUGGCGACCACGUUCCGAAACAGAAAGAGCGCUGCAGGAGUCGUUGCGACAGAUGGAACUCCAGUGCAAAGAACGAGUCGACCUUCUUGAAGCACUCAGACAAAGCCGGGAAGAAGCAGCGGAUUCCGGAGUACAAGCAAAGGCAACAGCGUCCAGCACGAGCAUUCCACUUCAGGAAACUGCAGACCAGAGCAACAACUCUGCUUGGCUGGGAGGAGGAAGCAUCCCUCCGGUCGGAUACUCGGAUAUCUCCCGCCCUACACCUCCUUCUCUUCCAACCCGUACCAAGCGACCAUCGUAUACUUCAAAGUCGAGCUCCGGAGCCGAUGUUCCACGCGUGCGCGCUUCACCUGCAGCCCCAGCCGUAUCUGCCUUUCCACCGUCCUCGAUGCUGGCUCCUCAAUCGUCUAACGGUCAGAGAAAGAGCUCGCGUACCCCUAGUCCGGAGAAGAGAGGAGGCAUGUUGAGGACUCUGCGUGCUGGCGGAAAGGAAAGAACCGGUUCGUCUGGCAAGCUGGCGAGCUCAACAUUCAGGAGACCCGCUGCUGCUUCGAAGGCCGCUACUCAAGCAUGGGGAAUCACCCAACGCAACGCUAGUGUUGGUAGCGUCGAACAAGCCAAUGGAAAUCUGGAUGGUCCCUCUAGCACGGCCACUGUCUGGGACCCAUACACGAGAAGACUUGUUGAAGCUCCUCCUUCCAGCUCCACACCACAUAGCCAUCCGGCAUCCGCUCCUCCGGUCCCACCUCAUUCAUCGAACCUCCGUUCAUCACAAGAGCAACCAAGACCUCCUCAGAAGCAUGUACGACCCCCGAGCCCAGCUGACUACUUUGUUCAGCCGUCGGCUACGAACGGGUCCCUUUCGGACUCGCAGCGUCCACCUUACCCUGAUCAUUCUUUCUUGAACCCCGUACACUCAUCUCAAGCAUAUACCAGCAGCUCUGAACACCUUGGUCCACCUUCGCCAAUCACUUCUCCUCGUCAAAGAUCGAACGCCAACUUUACCGCGGCCAACACCCCAAAGGCACGAAGACAGUCUCCUGUGCAUAGACUUGAGCCUGUAUCUUUACCGUCUUACCGCAACGAGUAUCCACCUGCGCAACCCAGCAAGUACAGAAACCCGCCAAACGCUCGACCGCCCAAAACCUUGAAGGAUCUGGAACACCAAGCUUCGUCGUCUACGCCCGUCGAACACCCGAUUAGUCAGCCAAGACCAAAAGUAGCACCGCCAAUUCCUAGGAAGGCAGUUGGGGUAGUCAAUGCUGCGAAAGCUCGACAACAACUUGACGACAGGAACGCAUCUUCUGGUUACAGCGCGGACGAACAUAGCAGCGGCAGGGAGAAUCCGCCCAGAGGACGACGAAGGAAGACUAGCACUGAGCGAGAGGCGCCCACACCUAUCGUCGAGGCCGUCACUGAGCACCCAGACCCAACGAUACCACCGCAAGAUGAGGCAUCCGAGUGGGACGAACGUGUUAAGAACCUGCUCGAGAACUUGCCCCGUGGCGUAGAUGAAGGAGCUGCAAAACAGAUCUUCAACGAGAUUGUGAUACAGGGUGACGAGGUACACUGGGACGAUGUUGCUGGUCUGGAGAUCGCGAAGAGCGCUUUGAAGGAGACAGUAGUCUAUCCGUUCUUGCGCCCAGAUCUGUUCAUGGGCCUCCGCGAACCGGCGCGCGGUAUGCUACUCUUCGGACCUCCGGGAACAGGAAAAACCAUGCUGGCCAGAGCGGUUGCGACAGAGAGCAAGAGCACAUUCUUCGCCAUCUCCGCUAGCAGUCUGACGAGCAAAUAUCUUGGCGAGAGCGAAAAGCUCGUGCGUGCACUCUUCUCCAUCGCAAAAGCUCUGGCACCUUCAAUCAUCUUUGUCGACGAGAUUGACUCCUUGCUUUCAGCUCGUGGUGGCUCCAGCGAGCAUGAAGCCACUCGUCGCAUCAAGACUGAAUUCUUGAUCCAAUGGAGCGAUCUGGCAAAGGCAGCUGCAGGCAAGGAGACAAGUGAGAAAGACAAAGAGCGAGGUGACGCGAGCAGAGUACUGGUACUCGCAGCCACGAAUUUGCCAUGGGCGAUUGAUGAAGCCGCGAGGAGAAGAUUUGUCAGAAGACAGUAUAUUCCACUUCCCGAAGAGUGGGUGCGCAAGCUGCAGCUCACGACUUUAAUGGCCGCUCAAAAGCACAAUAUCAGCGAUGAGGAUCUGGAUGAAUUGGUAUAUCUGACAGAAGGUUUCUCAGGCAGUGAUAUCACAGCUCUAGCCAAAGAUGCCGCUAUGGGACCUCUUCGCUCUCUAGGAGAGAAGUUGCUACACAUGUCACCAGACGAUAUCCGACCAAUCGAUGUAACAGACUUUAAGGCCAGUCUGAUAAACAUUCGGCCCAGUGUCUCUGCAUCUGGACUCAAAGAGUUUGAGGAUUGGGCUAAAGAGUUUGGUGAGCGCGGUGGUUAG